AUGCCGUCGUUUUCGCUGCCCCAAUUCGACGGACGUCGUGUGCGCUCGUAUCUGUUUCGUCUGCCCUUGUGCACGCGUGCGCUGCUCCUUGUUGUAGUCGCUUUUUGGAUUGCCAGUCUUAGACUGUCCUGGUUCCAACAAUGGGCUGCUUUGAUACCAAACGAGAUGAACUUGGGAACCAUGUACCGACUUAAUACUUUCCCUCUGCUUCAUGCUGGCUUCAUACACAUGAUCGUCAACAUAUUCGCCUUGACUCCCCUGCUCGAACGUUUCGAGGCCGAACAUGGCUCUCUGCCCACUCUGCUCCUCUUCACAGGCCCAUUCGGUCUCCUUCCUGGAGGAAGCUACACCUUGAUUGAGCGCUUUAUCUUUAGAGGAAACACUGCUGUCAUGGGCGCAAGUGUCUGGGUCUUCCUGCUCCUGGCUGCCGAAUCCAUCAAGACGUACAAACAGAACCCAAACUUCGCCCUCGGUCCUUACAACAUUCCCACUUGGACCGCUCCCCUGAUCGUUAAUCUCUUCGUCGCUGUUCUUAUUCCCAACACCAGCUUCCUCGGUCACUUGUGCGGUCUUGCCGUUGGAUACCUCUGGGGCUUGGGCUACAUCAAAUUCCUUGUGCCCAACGAGAAGAUUCUGCGAUGGAUCGAGGGCAAGCUCAAUUUGCUUGGUCGUUUGCCUCACUACGUAUCAGUCGAUCAGAAGACAUAUGGAAGAUAUGGUGUGCUGCCAACAACUGCAGCCCCCAGACCGGUCCCGACUCUGGCUCCCUUAGGGAGCACUCAGAGACUCGGCCCGUGA